CACAGCACAGAGUGAACACGUGAACACUGCUGCUCUCAGAAAACACCACUGCUUUAUGGAAUGACAUUCAUCACAUUUAUUACUUCACCCUCAAACAAAAUCAUAAAGGAUGAUGCCGACCCUGACUCCACACGUCCCAGUACCACGGCCAAGCUACUCCCAGACCAGGGAGAACCUGGUGAAGGCCAUCCCACCCAGACUGCUGUGUCUGCUGGCCUGUGGAGGAGUCGACUGUCGCUAUGAGGGACCAGAGUGCUGGACGUUGAACCAACAGGUCAUUCGAGGGCUUUUCUCCUCCUGGUUGACUGAUGACAUCAUCGCCAUGGCUCGACCAUCCACUGCUUUGAUUGAGAAGCACAACAUCAUUGAACAGUUUAGGAGACUGAACAUCAGAUCGAUCAUUAACAUGCAGCUCCCGGGAGAUCACGCUCACUGUGGACCUCCUUUAGAUCCUGGAAGUGGUUUUACAUACUCGCCACAGAUCUUCAUGGACAAUGACAUUUACUUUUACAACUUUGGGAUGCCAGAUUUUGGCGUGUCCUCUCUCGUCAGCAUCAUUGAUGGCGUGAAGGUCUUGGCCUUUGCAGUGAGGGAAGGACGAGUGGCCGUGCACUGCCAUGCAGGAUUGGGAAGAACAGGCGUCCUGAUAGCCUGUUACCUGAUCUACACUCUGCGUAUCAGCCCCAGUGAGGCUGUGCACUAUGUACGGAUUAAACGGCCCCGCUCCAUCCAAACUCGGGCUCAGAUUAGCCAGGUGUUUGACUUCGCCCGCUUGCUUGGUACACAGCUGAUCCAAUAUCCAGACCUCAGCCUGCGGCACGGAGCUCCCUUCACCCUGCAGCAUUACCUGAACCGACAGGCGUUGCUGCUGCACGGGCAGGAGGGACGCACCCUCAGACAAACACCAAAGGUGGUGUAUCUCCUGUGUGUGCGUCUCUCCUGCUUAGCCCUGGGUCUCCCUGCUCCUCCGGAGGUCUACGCUGAGCUGGAGAAGAGGUCAGCGCUGAGGACACUGAGUCGGACUGUGAGGGAGACACUGGUGGCCAAACAGUACUUGCCCUUGUUGAGGGAAGGUCAUCAGGGCUCGUGGGUGGGCUCGGGGUCAGUGUACUCCUGGGAUGAGCCGUUGGGAUUCAUGGAGAGGAAGAGAGACGUUCUGCUGGACAAACGCUGCUACAGUGACUCUGACCUCAGCAAGAUCUCAGGAAAUGAGGAUCUGGAGUUGAGUCCAUGGUGGACCCCAGCACUUGGAAAUGAGAAACACUGGUGUGUGCAGGAUCUGACACGUCCAGAUCUGAGACCAUUUAGUCCGGUCCCUGCCAAACCUUCACCAGGUCACCAGACCAUCAGAAAGUCACACACACUCAGCGUCCCAAUAUCCAGCAUGGAGACAAGCAACAACUGUGCAGGGAAGCUGAAGUGUGCAGCUAAAAAGGCACUUCCCAAAUAUAGCUCCAGCACUGAGCUGCUCAGAAACCCACAUAAUCCAGGUUCGACCUUAGUGGCCCGCACUGUUGCUAAGGCGAUGGCAGAUCACGGUACACCAGGAGACAUCAUACUGCAAAGAUCAGCUCUGAUGCAGGAGGAGUUGAACAGUAGUGACUGUGGUUGGGCUCUGCUGGUCACUGAGUCAGACCCUCAUGUCCUCAGCUGUCUGCUGUGGACCUGGCUAGAAAAGUUAAGAGAGCCUGUCCUCAGUGCAGAGGAUAUAGACAGAUUGUGCACUGGUGUAAGAAACAGGAAGUCUCUGAGUGUGCUCAAGACGCCGCAGAGACACACCAUUUAUUGUCUGUUGAGCUGUGUGAGUUCAGUGUCCAGCCUGUGUCCUCACAGAGAGGAGGCAGUGCUGCAGCGGCUGAUCCGUGCACUUACAAAGCGCCCUCAAGAGGAAGUGAGAAACCUUGCACCUCUAAUGAAAGUCCUGAAGGCCAGUAUGAGAGAAACUUUCCACAACUACAGAUUCCUCUCACGGACCUGCAGCAUCGCUACCCUCUGAGGAAGAGAAGCUACAUCAGCUGCCCUUGUGUUUAAUAAAUAAAUAAAUAAAACUAUAACUAUGA